AUGGCCAACAUGUCCGAGUCGCCGCAAGCCGGACAAUCACCUUCACCCCAACCCACUGGCGAUGGACAGGUUGAUACUUCUAGCCAGGAUGGUACAAACCAAUUCCAGCAUGCUAUUUCAGCAUGGAGAAACAUUGAUUUGGGCUCUUUAAUGUCCACUCUCGACAAUACUGCUUCCGAUAUCGUAGCCUUUCAGCGGGAUUCUACAGUCCAACGAAAGGAUUUGGCCCAGAAGACAAAAGAUUUCAGAAAGCUAGACGAUGCGACCAAAUUAACGGAAAUCAAGGGCCUUUUGAAAGCAUACCAAACAUUUAUAGAUCUUCUCACCAACCAUUCCAAGUCGACCAAUUCUGCAUUUCUACAAGUUUACUCCGCCCUCGAGAAUGCUCCCGAUCCGUAUCCUUUGCUAGAAGCAUCGGUUGACUCUAUGCUUGUAGCCGAAGACACUUUACCCAAGCUUACCGACGAAAAUCAGCACUUACAAGAAAGCGUCGCCAAGCUUACAUCACAGCUUGAAGAGACAGAGUCAAGGUUGCAAUCAGAAAGCGCCAACAGGAAGCAACUAGAAAAUAAUCUCGAAACUAAGGUUAAGGAAGUAGAGGAGUCGUGGAUCGCAGUCGUAGACGAGAAGAAGGACAACUGGGAAGCGAAAGAGAAGGCGUUAGAGGAGAAGAUUGAAAGUCAGGAGAGACUGCUGAAUGAAAUUAAGGCUAGUUACGAGGUAAAUCAACGCCUUAAGGGAUCCGAAGAUGUAGACGCUGAGGGCAGUUACGGUCACGUUACGAAUGCGGAGCUGGAAAUGGUCAAUUCUGAUCUAGAACGGACUAGUGCCAGACUGGCUGAUGUUGAGGCUCGAAACGAGCAGCUGCGGCUGGAGCUCGCCCAAUCUAAAUCCCAAGUCACAGCCCACGCACCAGUUUUGGAGGAUGACCCCGGGUAUAUACGCAUGAGGUCGGAAAACUCGUCUUUAAUUCGCAAGCUGGACUCUGCGAGAGUGGAAAAGGAGGCUUUCAAGAGGGACGUUGACACGAAACUUAGAGGCUUAGAAAGAGAAGUUGGUCUUUUGAAAGAGGAGCGCGACAGUCUGAAAGCAAAGGUACAGAAGUGGAACGACUACGAUGAUAUCAAGCAAGAAUUAGAGGUCCUCAAAAGCAUCGAGUUCGCGACGGGUGAUGACGACGAUAUGCUGGCUGCUUCGGAAUCGAACGGCUCUGCACCCAAAGGGAAGGGUGAUACACUGGAACAGUUGCUAUUAGCCAGGAACAAGAAGCUAAGUGACGAAUUGACUAUCUUACGAGUUUCUCAUCAAGAUCUUCAGAACCGGCUAGAGAACCUCCAAGAGGAAAUGUCAAAAACAAACGCGGACUUGGAGAGAUCACAGAACCUCAACGCACAGUUAGAAAAUGAUCUAGCCAACCUUCAGUCAGAAGGACACAAUGCGUUCCCGUCAGGAGCGUCAGUGGCUGGCACGUAUACGAGAUACGCGCCAUCUAUAGCACCCGGAAGGAGGGGUGGAAGAACAUCGCCCACCUCGUCUAUCAUAUCCGGUUUCGACCCUCGGAUGACAGGGGGCGAGCCGAUGGGCGGCGGUUCGGGCAUCUUGCCUAUGAUCACCGCGCAACGUGACCGCUUUAAAAAACGCAACGCUCAGCUCGAGGGGGAGUUGUCAGAGUGUCAUCGUACCGUGUCGCAGCUGCGUCAAGAGAUCGCAGCCUUGCAGAAGGAUAACCUUCAGCUCUACGAAAAGACACGAUACGUGUCGACUUAUAAUCGCAAUGUUCCGUCGGCGUCGUCAGCAUCGGCAUACUCAUCAAAUCCUAACCCGUCCGUAGUCGCUAUGGGCGGGACUGGAAACCCCGGAAUUGCGCUAGACCGGUAUAAACAGGCGUACGAGUCCAAUAUUUCGCCGUUUGCAGCGUUCAGAGGGCGCGAGUCAGCAAGAGCUUACAAACGGAUGAGUUUCCCGGAGAGGGUAGUAUAUUCGGUGACGCGGAUGGUAUUGGCCUCACGAACGAGCAGAAAUCUAUUUGCAGCGUACUGCGUCGCAUUGCACAUCCUAGUAUUUUUCUCUCUGUACUGGCUUGGUAUUACAGACGUCGAGAAGCAUUCGAGCAAUCUUAGCCAGGGUAUAGCCGCCGCCGCAGUAGCGGGAGGGGCAGCCGGCGGUAAUAGUGGUGGGAGAGGACAGGCCAUUCAUGCCGCGGAUUGGCAGGAAGAGGGUUUCAAUGGGCACUGA